GUGGAUCACCUGCUGAGUCAGCGGCCAGUCUCGACGUCACUGUUGACCCCUCGUUGAUUCUCGACAUUGUGUAUACAUCAAAAUCAAGCAAGAACAGCCAACUGAUUGUUGAACUUCAAAGAAUUGAAUAAUAAUAAAUUGUAUAGGGAAAGGUUCAGCCGUCAUCGAGCUUUAAACCUGGCCAUAAACGCUAUUAAAGAGACGUGUAGUCGUCGACUACAACACCAGCUGCUCCAUCUUUCUGGUACAACAUCUAGCAUGGCAAGUCAUUCCACAGUUCCGACUGCUCUGUGGAAAAGCUUGUUUUUGCAGCAUGCCUCAAAACAAGAAGACCCUUACAUGGCGGUAGCCACCGUAGAGCGUGACUCCCAGAAUGGCUCGUCGAUUCCCCGUGUGAGGUACUGCGGUUUCCGGGGAUUUUUUGGAGAGCUUAAGCUCCAUCCCUCAGCAGAAAAGCAGCUGAGAGAUGAAAACGAAUUGAAUCCAUUAGAAUUUGAGUCGGAUAUGUUAGCAUUCACUACAGACACGCGCAUGCAAAAGAUUGAGCAGUUCAAUGAAUUUGACGGCGCGAUCGAGGUUGUUUUCUGGGUGAAGGAGGUAAUGACGCAGUGGAGACUGAGGGGAACGGCAUUCGUGAUUGGAGAUGAUGCAAAGAAGUCGGUUGAGCAGACUGCCAGAGCAGAGAUCAUCAAGGGCCUCAGGAAAAGACCAAGUCAAGCAUCAACAGUUUCUGAGUGGACAUGGGAAAAGGAGAUUACCGCAUAUUUUGCGAAUCACAGCCCUGUUAUGAGAGGCUCCUUCAAGAACCCGGCACCCGGACGGCCAUUAAGCGAAGAACCCACAGAUCCUAAUCUCAAGCUAGGACAAAAGGUUACGGACCUCCACGAUGCUACUGCUAGAGAGAAUUUCCGAGUUGUAGUAAUCCGUGUUCAUGAGGUGGACAGGCUGGACCUGACUCGCCCAGAGAGAGCUUCCCGUUGGAGAACGACAUUGACAGAUGCUUCCGAUGGGGUUGGGCAGUGGGAGGAGGUUGAGCUGUGGCCCUGAUAUACAUAUUUUCAUUCAUGUUUUGGUUUGUAUCUGUCUUACAAUAGUGCCAUGUCCUCUUAUUUCUUUGUGGCUGGCGUUUCUACGGGCUGCGCUGUCAAAAAUGCCAUUGUGAAUACUGGCAGUUCCAGCCGUCUCUUUAUUUUGGGUCUCUAUCAAGACCUAUUUUAUUGUCUUGACUCUUGGGAACAAAGAAUAAGAAUAGAAUUCAAAUUAAAGAUGUUCCUUUGUAA